AUGUUAUUUAAGCAGCAUAAACAAGUCAACAAUUGGAAAUCAUCACAUAAUAUAGAUUUAUUAAAAUUUUUUAUAGUUACUUGUUUACCACUAAUUGAAAUGAUUAUUACUACAAUACUCAUAUGUAAAUUUUGCGAUGAAUGUAAGAACAUUAAUCAAUAUAAAUGGUAUCUGAUUGGUUUAAUACCAAGUUCCAUAAUUUUCUCACUUCUAAUGGUUAUUGUUCGUGAUAUGCGUGCACGUUUCCCACUUAAUUAUGUCUUCCUGUUUCUAAAUACUCUGUUAUUAUGUUACACAUUUAUACCACCAAUACUAAUGAUAACAAUCAAAAAUAUCAUGGAAUCCUUUACUGUCGCAACAGUUAUUGCAUUUUCAAUGAUAGUACUCGGGAUGUUCAUCAAGGUUAAAAUUCCUCCUGUUUUGUCGGCUGCAGUUUCAAUCAGUUUCAUUAUUGCAGGGCUUGCAAUAUCUGUUGGAUUGUAUCUUGCCGAUAAACAAGUAGCACUUCAUGUAAUGGGAGUAUUUUUUAUCUUGUCAAUUUUACCAAUCCUAUUAUUUAUUGGCCAGCAGCUGAGAACUGAAUACUCUCCACGGAUGCUUCCCUCUGAUUAUAUAUUGUAUGCUGUACUGAUGUCAGCAAUAUAUUUAUUCAUAUUCUAUUCAAUCUCUGUGCAAUUUUUAAAUCACGGAAAUAAAUCAAUACCUUAUAGCUGCUAA